GUUUUCUUUCUCAUUGUUUUGGAUAGAGAAUUGAUUUGACAAUACAGUUGUCGAUUUCACUAUCUAAUCGUAAUGAACUUGUGAUCGGAAAAUAAUCUAUUUGAUAAAAUAUCAGUGAUUUAUCGUAAUGUAAUAGGCGUUCGAUUCAUCAAAGCGUAACAGUGAGAGGUGAAGAUUACUAAAUACCUAAAGAAUUCUAUUUUUUUCUCGCGACAAAUGUGAAUUGGUGCUCGUUAUGGAGGAUUAUAAGUUUCUAUUUAAAGUAGUGUUGGUCGGAAAUGCGGGAGUUGGAAAGACGUGUUUGGUACGUCGAUUUACUCAAGGUCUCUUUCCACCUGGUCAGGGUGCCACAAUUGGUGUUGAUUUCAUGAUAAAAACGGUAGAAGUUGACGGUGAGAAAGUGAAGUUGCAAAUAUGGGACACUGCUGGUCAAGAGAGGUUCCGUUCAAUAACUCAGAGCUACUACAGAUCUGCUCAUGCUCUGAUACUGGUGUAUGACAUAUCUUGCCAGCCGACGUUUGACUGUCUACCAGAUUGGCUUCGAGAAAUUGAAGAAUAUGCCAACAAUAAAGUUCUUAGGAUAUUAGUUGGUAAUAAAACUGACAGAGAAGACAGGGAGAUCCCAAGGCACAUUGGCGAAGACUUUGCACAGCGCCACGGCAUGUAUUUCUUAGAGACAUCAGCUAAAGAGGCUGAAAACGUCGAGCGAUUAUUUAUGGAAAUAGCUGUUGAACUCAUGGAACAAGCAAAAUGCAAGGAGUUGCCGAAAUACGACGGCAGCUUAGGGCCGAUCAACGGGAAAACAACGUCGUGGAUAACCAUGGCUUGGCGUUUCAAAGCCUCUAAGUAUAAAAAUGCAGCGCCGAUUGUGCCUAAACCAGAGGCAUGUAUUCGGGACAUUUGUGUUGGAUCAUAUCAGACCUAUGGAAAUAACAUUUGUGCGUCUGCUGCCUUCAUGGCUUUCAACUGGGAGCAUGUCGGGUCGAGCAUGGCUGUACUUCCCCUGGACGACUGCGGGAGAAAGAGCAAGACAAUGCCUCUGCUGCAUGCACAUUCUGACACCAUAACUGACAUGGAGUUUUCACCCUUUCAUGAUGGCUUGUUGCUGACAGGAUCACAGGAUUCUUUGGUGAAAAUAUGGCACAUUCCACCUGAAGGUUUAAAGGAGUCUCUAUCGACUCCAGAGUGUACGUUGUCUCAAAAACAGCGUCGAGUCGAGAAUGUUGGCUUUCACCCGGUGGCUGAUGGCCUGAUACACGUCGCUUCGGGCCACGAACUCGCUCUUUGGGACCUCACUAAACAAAAAGAGGCUUUUGGUUUCGAUUCAGCCCGUCUCCGUCAAAUAAUGAUCCGUGAUAUCCGCAACUUAUCACAAACACAGAAGACAUUAGAGCUGGACUGUUCCACUGGAAUCCUGAUGCCGCUGUUCGAUCCCGACACUAAUAUGCUGUUCCUAGCUGGAAAGGGAGACACUACAAUCCUGUACAUGGAGCUUACGGACAGGGAACCUUACCUCAUUGAAGGAUUGAGACAUUCCGGGGAACAAACAAAGGGUGCUUGCUUAGUACCGAAGCGAGCUCUUCGCGUGAUGGAAGGAGAAGUGAACAGAGUGCUACAACUGGCUGGGUCCUCGGUUGUGCCUAUCAUGUACCAGGUACCGAGAAAGAGUUACCGCGACUACCACGCAGAUUUGUACCCAGAUACGUCUGGCUCAGUGACGUACCUCAGUGCCCCGAUGUGGCUCGAUAACCAAGACCACCCAGUACCCAACAUUUCUUUGCACCCAGACGCUAAUAAUGGUACACAGAUUCAUCGUGGGAACUUAGAAGAGAUGGUGAAGGCCAUAUUAGCAAUGCCUCCACCGAAAAAGACCGAUACAAAGAAAACGACACCGGCUCCAGUACAGAACGAAGAACCUGUAAAAACAGUAACAAAACCACCACCAGAGCCAAAAGACGAAGACCGAAUUGACUUUGUUAAUGUAAAAGACCUUAUUAAGGGUAUGGAAAGACAGAAAUCUAACAAAGUAGACUAUCAGAAAGAAACAAAUGGUUUCCACAAGAAGAUAACAGAUAACGGUCACGAUAAUUUUCAUGAGAAGAAAAUUGAUUCUGAAUCAGAGAAGCCCGAACCAGACGUUAUUCCGCAAAAGAUUGAAGUGACCGAAUACAAUGAUGAAAAGACCGAAAAGACCAUGGAGAAAACUGAUAGUACGGAGUCAACCGAGUCUUCUCUAUCAAGGAGCAACAGUUUGAUUAACGGGUUGCCCGUUCAGGUUCCAAAGCCGAUGCCCAGAUCCUCUAUUUCGGAAGCAGGCUCCAUGGAGGAGCAUUCAGAGAUCCCUAAACCAAAACCUAGGACCACAACAGUACCUGGGUCUGGUUACAAGGUACAUGAGCCUCGUCUUGGACCGAAGCCGUUCUCAGCGGCUACUGGCAACGAAGAUUUCUCAUUUGAUAAAGUCUUCUCAGUGCCAGCUGUUCCUGGACUUACAAAAUCUGAUUCAGCAUCGUCACCGGUAUCUGGGCAAGCGACCACCCCGACCGCUUCAUCGACACCCACUGCCAAAGAUGGCAGCGAAGACAAGGACAAGUCGCUGUCGCCGACUAGCGAUGUGGAAAUCGCGCCUAACAAAGAGGAAUAUACGAACGGCAAAUCGGACACGAGUUUAGAAGAAGAAGUCAAUUCUUCUGAUUCCGGCUACCGCCCGAAGACCCCAAGCACAGCGGAGCGAAGGAAAAUGUUUGAAAAUACCGACGGUGCCCAGUCAAUAGCUGAUCGGCGUCGUGCGUACGAGUCCAGGUCUGUUAGUGUCGCCGUCGAGUCCGAUACACCGCCAUCGCCCGCUCCUCUUAGACGUCGAGAUUCCCUGAAGUCCCGUAAAAGUCCGGAUCGCGAAGACAAGAGGGCUUCGGUACCCAAUGUCACCACAAAGAGGACCUCCACCGUAUUUGGGAAGGUAUCGAAGUUCCGUCACUUGAAGGGAACUCCAGGCCACAAGUCUACUCAGUUGGAGAAUAUUAAGAAUAUUAGCAGACAGAUAUCCGGGGAAUGCAACGGUUUCUAUGCGAACGGGUACCGUUGCGCCGUCCCGCUGGGCGGCGGCGGCGGCCGCGUCGGCGUGUUGGAGCUGCCGGCGGGCGCCACGGCGGCCGCGCGGGCCCCGCGAGCCGCGCCCGGCGCCGCGCGCGUCUCCGCGCUGCUGCACCCCGCGCCGCUGCAGGACUGGGCCUGGGACCCCUUCCGCCCCACCAGGCUGCUCGUCGCAUGCGACGACGGACUCGUCCGCGAGUGGAUCAUACCCGAACAAGGGCUACAAGAAUCAACGAACGAGCCGGCUCGAACGUUCUCAGCGCACCCGGACAAGAUCUACAUAAUCCGGUUCCACCCGACCGCCUCAGACUUACUGACGACCGCAGCUCAUGACUUGAGUGUCAAGAUCUGGGACUUGAACCCGGAGACUCCUGUAGCAGCCAUUAUUCUAACUGGCCACACUGAUCAGAUAUUCGCAUUGGACUGGUCGCCUUGUGGGGAAUAUCUCGCUACAGUAUGCAAAGAUGGACUUAUAAGGGUAUACAAGCCCCGGUCGUCGACGGAGCCUAUAGCGAGCGGGCCGGGGCCGGCCGGCAGUCGCGGGGCGCGCAUAGUGUGGGCCCUCAACGGAACACAUCUCGUCGUCACCGGGUUUGACAAAGUAUCAGAGCGUCAGAUCCUGCUAUACAAGGUUAGCGACCUGUCUGCGCCCGUGUGCACGGUGGGCCUGGAUGUAUCCCCCGCCAUACUGCAGAUACAUAUCGACCACGAUUCCGGAACUCUGUUCCUUACAGGACGGGGUGAUUCAACGAUCUACUGUUACGAGGUAACUAGCGAGGCUCCCCACUUAUGCGCGUUGUCACAUCACCGCUCGCCCACACUGCACCAAGGCAUCGCCUUCUUGCAGAAGAAUCUAGUCGCUGUUGAAAAGGUGGAGUUUGCAAGAGCACUACGACUGACUAAUGGAAAUGUCGAGCCGCUGUCUUUUACUGUACCCAGAAUAAAGAGCGAGUUAUUCCAAGACGACCUGUUCCCCCCGACGUUGGUGACGUGGGAGCCGUGGCAGGACGGUCGGGGCUGGCUCAACGGGGACAUCGUCGCCCCGCGCAUUGUCAGCCUGCAGCCGCCGGGGAUGGAGCCAUUAUCGGCACAUACCGCGGCAUCGCCUGUAUCCCGCGAGGCCCGCGACAAACCUGCCGCCGCCGCCAAGCCCAAGCCGGACCUCAUCAAGUCGCAUGUACCGCAAGAUACCAAGGCUAAGGAGGACAGCAUAAUGAAAUCCAUUAGCGCCAAAGUGCAGAUGAAUUUGAAAUUGGAACAAGAUAGUAUGGAAGGCGUAGACGAAUCCGAAUGGGAUCAGUGAAAGGUAACCCGACUAAAUCAAAGUGCAAUUGAACAACUCUAGCUUGUAGUGUUAUUUAGAGGCUCCCGAAAUCGGUCGCGUUAUAUGUACAUCGACUGAUCGCCCGUAGACUGAUUUUGGCGGUACGAAUAUAGAUAUUUGCUUGAAAACUAACUUCGUACUGAAUUUCGAGAUUAUUUUCUGAAUUUCUAAUGUUUUGUUCUAUAAAUACCGUUUCAAUAUUGGUUUGUAUGCAUAGAAUAUAUUAAAAGAACAAAGGGUGAUCUAUUAAAAUAUUCUUGUUUAGUUUUGACUUCGAAAAAGCAGGACAGGUUACGCACAAGAUUAUAUUUUAAAAAAAGUAGGCUAGUAACAUUUGAAUUCUAUACCAACACAGUUAUUAAUUUUAUAUAAUCGAAGAUUUUGACCGAUAGAAGAAUGGAGUCUUUCUAUCUCUAUACGUACCGCCAAAUUGAUAAUAAAAAAUAAAAAUAGCACCCCUCGCAAACAAAAAAUAACUUUUUAUACCUAUCAAUAAACUUGGGAUUUCAAAAUAUUUUAUAGAAAUUUUUCCAGUGGAUCCCAUUUUUUACAUUUUAAUCUUAGAUAUCAAAUAGUCGUGGUAAUGUAGAGUAUGUUAUACGUCGGCGCAUAAGUCCAAUAAUAUGUACUGAUUAUAGUUAUAAGUCCACCGUCAAAGUAUACAUUGGGAUUUGCAAAUGGGAGAUAGGGAUGAGAGAGAAAUGAAAAAAGGGUAAAAUUUACUAAGGGAACGUAAAAAAAAAAACGAAAGUUGUUGCACAUUGUAUUUAAGCUUAACUAGGCAUCUCAGGUUUGAAAUUGAUCAAUGAAUUUACAAUGAAUUUUAUAACUAUAAAUCUCCCUACAAGAUAUCUCCCAUUAGCAAAUACAAAUGCUAAUAUAAAAUAUAUCAAGUUACUGCUCACGGCCAGUCACAUUUUCAUCGCGGCACUGCUAAUAAAUUAUUUGCUAAAAUGCUAACUCGUGAUCUCAUUGAUAUUCGACCAAAACUCAACCAACCAUGCUCAUAGAAUGCUCACAUUACGCGUUUAUUAUUGACCCAUAAUUUGUUCUAAUAAUUACUACCAAAAUGCUCAAAAUUCCAUUUCAAAUCGAUAUAUUUACUAAUCGAUUACAAACUCGAUCAUCGCAUAAAAUUUUUGUUAAACAAAUAGGUCAGCGCAACAUUCCUACAUAUUGCCAUAAAAAGCAUUUAUUUAUAUUGCGUAUUUACUUUAUGUAUGUAAUAACAAAAAAUAUUGAUUAUACGUAUGAUUUGUAUGUAAUACUUGUAUGUAAGGAUGUGUAGGGUAUUCAUACUUAUUAGGGAAUUGACAUAUAUGAUGUAUCCGAUAUUCUAUAGUCACCAUAAUAUUGAUAAAAGUAUCACUGGCUUGUGAUCAUUGGAAAUCUACGGCCAACUAGCAGGUGAAACAACGCUGUGGUUGUUUCCCGCCGGUUUUCUUUAAGGCCUUGGUAUCACUAAUUAUUGUAAUGAAAACUAACAUUACAAGACUGACGGAUCAUGAAAUAAAACAUAUUCGUUGAUAUCUAAAUCUAAAAGGAAAUAAUAGAUUUGCAAUGAUCACUAAGGUCGUUUGGAAAUACAAUGAAGAUGGAAUAUGUGGAUUAAUCAGCCAUCUAUUUUUAAUAGAUUAAAAUUCUCGAUUUGUAAAACUAUUUCUUGCACUUGAAUACUAUUUUUCUUUAUACCGUUUUAUGUCUUCUUAUCUUCAGUAAUGUAGCUAAUCUAAAAUCCAUCUUCAUUGAAUUUCCUACUUAGUCUUUGUAUAUGAAAAAAAAUCUGUAACUAUAGUGAAAGCGCGACUUAGUACCGCUAGUUGAUGCCAUAAACACAUCACUUUUUGCUCAAAACGCCAAAGACUAUGUUUUUCUUGUCAAUAUGUUGAAAUUGUAUUAGUUUAUAUUUUUAUUUUGAAAACUUAUAUUGAGAUGUGAAAGUAACUAAUGCAGCGAUGUUCAUCGUCUGUCGAAAAUAUUUAUUUAAAAUCAAAACGAGACAGUAGAAGUUACUCGACUGUCUCAACCCUAUUUUCUCUACUAUUGCGAAAAAGUUGCAAUUGACAGAAAUAUCUAGAUAGCUAGAUUUUGUACCUAGUAUUAAAAUGGAAUCUCAUUUUUAAAUUAUGUAUUUCAUAUUCCCAUUCAAAAUAAAAUUUUAAAGUCAUGAAAUUAAAAGUUAAAGCGCAUCAAUAGGCCUACAAGAGCGAGUAUGACGUAUGUAUUGUCCUCUCACUUACGUCCCACGGAGUUAGAGCGAGACAAAAGUCAGGGAUGUCAUACUCAAGCUUUCGUAUUUUACUUAAAUAUUUACGAAUAGGUGUAAUUUUUAUUCACUAGUCAAAAAUAUAUACUUUAAAUGGGAAGAUUCUUAAAAAUAUAUUCAAAAUGUAUUACUUUAUGAUUAAUUUAUGAUUAAGAUUUCUAUGUAUAUUUUUAGUUUAGAUUGUGAGCGGUUUGUUGUCGGUGGGAUUGUAAACAUAUAUUUUACCAAUGCAAUGAAAUGUGGAGCUAAUACAAUUAAUUUAUUAACAGUUAAUGAAUAAAGAUAACAAACCAAUCAAAAACCGACCUUAUGUCGUACAGAAAAUGAAAUAAAAUAUCACCGACACCAAACGUACGCUUCAUACUACUGCACACUAUAUUCAUAUCAAAAUAAAGAAAUCACCACAAUAUAUCGUUUGUUAGUAAUAACGCACCUUUGGUAACAAGUAUAUUUGAAACAAUAUUUAAAAGCAAGAGAUAAAAUACAUUUUAUAAAGGGACGUGGUCUCGGUAACAGCGGGCACAUAAGCUGAGCGGAUUUUAUAAGACUGGUUUUCUACCAUGAUUUAUUUUAUAUUAUAAUUAUAACUAGGAUCAGCUUUGCAAGGGUGCUACGCUGAUAUUAAAUUUCUCCACCAUUUGAUGGAUGUUUUUAUACAUAUAAACCUUCCUUCAAUCACUAUCUAUUAAAAAUCCGCAUCAAAACCCGUUGUGUCGUUUUAAAGAUACAUGUACUAGUACAUAUCUACAUGGAUAUAGAUAGGACAGAGGAAGCGACUUUGUUUUAUACUAAGUAGUGAUGAUUGUUGAGAGACUAAUUCACUUAUCGACGAAAUUACUCGACUUGUUUCAAGUCGCUCCAGUGGCCGAUAAUCAUGAACAGUUGAGGUUGACGUUUUGCAGUCUUGAUGGUUAAUUUUGUUCACAAAAUC